AUGUCUAAUCAAAACAAUUUUGUUGUCCUCGGAGCAGGCGUCAUCGGCCUUUCGACGGCCCUGACUCUGAGAAGCAAAUUCCCAACAACGCCAAUAAGCGUUCUAGCAAAGCAUUUUCCUGGAGACUACAGUGUGGAAUAUUGUUCUCCAUGGGCGGGUGGAAAUUGGUGCUCCUCCGCGAAUGACAACGGCCUACUCGAGUCAUUCGACCGCCUGACCUUUGAACGGUUCAAGGAGAUUGCAAGCAAGCAUCCCGAGGCAGGCAUCCAGCCCUCCCCACUGCGGAUGAUUUUCGACCAGAAAAUAGAAGAAUCCGAGAUACUUAGUCAGGGUACUGGGCGUGUGUGGUUGUUAGGAAAAUGCCAGGCAGAAAAAAUCGCAACCAUUCAGGCAGCUGUCGAUUCUGUUGAUGACGCGUUCAUUUCUUCUUCCACUACAGCAGUCUUCAACUGCACGGGGCUGUCUUCGUAUAGUUUAGGUGGUGUAAACGACAAGUCACUGUAUCCAACACGAGGUCAAACGGUUCUUGUUGAGCAACCCAUUCAGCCACUUCAACGGAUGUAUUUUCGGUCUCCACGAAGGGUGGACAAUGACACUACAUAUGUUUUCCAGCGGCCUCUCGCUGGCGGUAUUGUCCUUGGAGGCUGCAGGGAAGAUGGAAAUUGGAAUGGAGAAGUGGAUAUGGAUUUUGCUCAAGAUAUCAUGAGAAAAUGCUGUGCUCUGGCCCCCGAGCUGGGAAAACCCGAGGACCUUAAAAUUAUCAAACACGGUGUCGGAUUGCGGCCUGGAAGAAAGGGAGGUCCUCGAAUUGAAGCUGAGGCAAGGUCGAAAGGUCUCGUCAUACACAACUAUGGCGCAGCCGGAGCUGGGUAUCAAGCAUCAUGGGGCAUGGCUAAUGCGGUUUCGUUGCUUACUGAAGCAUUGGAGGGAAGGAAACGGGCAUCAUCAAAAUUAUGA